AUGACGGAGGUGGAUCUCCUUAACCUUCUGGGAGAUUUAACCGAUGAUGAUUUUGAGAAGUUUGUGUGGGCUCUGAAGCAUGAAAAGGUGGACGACAUCCCACCCAUCCAAGAGAGCCAGCUGUCGAAGGCAAAGAGGCAGGAUGUUGUAGAUCUGAUGGUGCAUAAAUAUGAAUUUGCUGGAGCUGUGGAGGUGAUGAAGAGCGUUUUAAAGAAGAUCAACAGGACAGAUCUGGUGAAGAAGUUCUCAAACAUCCUCUCAGGAGCAGAAUUGGAUGGUAAUCUGCAGGAGGGUUUACGUAUAUGUAAGAUCAAAGUGAGGAGGACGCAUCAAAAUGUGACUGAAACAAGUGAUGAACCAGGAGGUGAAGCCCUCUUCAAUGAUAAAUACAUUGGUGUCUACAUCACAGAGGGAAAGAGUAAAGAUGUGAAUACCCAACAUGAGGUGUGGCAGCUUGAGAGAGCUUCCAAAAUGAAUACCCUCCAUGACACUCCAAUCAAAUGCCACGACAUCUUUAAACCCUUACCAAACCAAAACAAAUACAUCAGAGUCGUUCUGAUGAACGGCGUCGCUGGUGUUGGAAAAACCUUCACAGUGCGGAAGUUCACUCUGGACUGGGCAGACGGCUCCGAAAACCAAGAUAUCAGUCUGGUUGUUCCGUUUCCAUUCAGGGAGCUGAACUUGAUCAAAGAUGAGCAGUUAAGUCUGGUCAUGCUGAUCCAGGAAUGCCAUCCAACAUUACAGCUCACAGCAGAGAAGCUCGCUGUCUGUAAAGUUUUGUUCAUCUUUGACGGCCUGGAUGAAAGCAGACUUCCGCUGGAUUUCAACAACAGGAAUGCUGUGACUGAUGUCACACAGAAGACAUCAAUCAGCGUGCUGCUGACAAACCUCAUUGAGGGGAAUCUGCUUCCCUUGGCUCUCAUCUGGAUAACUUCCCGACCUGCAGCAGCCGACCAGAUCCCUCUGAAAUAUGUCGACAGGAUAUCAGAAGUACGAGGCUUCACUGACGCCCAGAAGGAGGAGUACUUCAGGAAGAGAUUCAGUGAUGAAGAGCAGUCCAGCAGAAUCAUCUCACACAUCAAGACAUCCAGGAGCCUCCACAUCAUGUGUCACAUCCCAGUCUUCUGCUGGAUCACUGCUACAGGUCUGGAGGACAUGUUGACUCCAGACCAGAGAGGAGAGCUGCCCAAGACCCUGACUGACCUGUACUCACACUUCCUGCUGGUUCAGAUAAAGAGGAAGAAGCACAAGCAUGAUGGGGGACGUCAGAUUAUUCCACAGGAGCUGACGGAGGCUGACAGGAAACUUCUUCUGAAGCUGGGGAGGCUGGCGUUUGAACAACUGGAGAAAGGAAACAUCAUGUUCUAUCAACAAGACCUGGAGCAGUGUGGUCUGAAUGCCACAGAGGCCUCAGUGUUAUGUACACAGAUCUUCAAAAAAGAGAAUGUUAGAUUCAAGAAAACAGUCUACUGCUUUGUUCAUCUGACCGUUCAGGAGUUUCUGGCUGCAGUCUACAUGUACCACUGUUACACCAGCAGGAACACAAAGGUACUGGAGGACUUCCUGGGAAGAGACUACAAACACAUCGAAAAAUCUUUCCUUGAUAAGAUUGCUGCUUUUUUCAGAAGGAGUGGUGGGCAUGGUGAUGAUGACAGAGACAAUAAACCCUACCCAUCUCUGGAUGACUUCCUGAUGGGAGCCAUGCAGAAAUCUCUCACAAGUAACAAUGGCCACCUGGACCUGUUUGUCCGCUUCCUUCAUGGCCUCUCUCUGGAGUCCAACCAGAGUGUCUUGGGAGACCUGCUGGGUCAGACAGACAACAGUCCAGAAACAAUCCAGAGAGUCAUCAACAACCUGAAGGAGAUGAAUAUUUGGCUUAUCUCUCCUGACAGAAGCAUCAACAUCUUCCACUGUCUGACAGAGAUGAACGACAGCUCAGUACAUCAGGAGAUCCAAGAGUUCCUGAAGUCAGAGAACAGAUCAGAGAAGGAACUCUCUGAGAUCCACUGCUCAGCUCUGGCCUACAUGCUGCAGAUGUCAGAGGAGGUUCUGGAUGAGUUGGACCUGAAGAAGUACAACACAACAUGGGAGGGACGACAGAGACUGAUCCCAGCUGUGAGGAACUGCAGAAAGGCUCGACUUUCUCACUGUGGACUCUCAAAAAUUCACUAUGAAGUUGUGGCCUCAGCUCUGAAGGUCAACCCCUCCCAUCUGAAAGAGCUAGACCUGAGCCACAGUGGCCUGGGGGAUUCAGAUGUGAAGCUUCUGUGUACUGGACUGGAGAGUCCAAACUGUAAACUGGAGACUCUGAGAUUGUGUUACUGCAAUUUGACAAAGAUCAGCUGCGAUUCUCUGGCCUCAGCUCUGACUUCCAACCCAUCCUCCCAUCUGAGAGAGCUGGAUCUGAGAGGAAACAAGCUGCAGGAUUCAGAUGUGGAGCUGCUGUUUGAACUUAAGGAGAGUCCACAAUGUAGUCUGGAGACUCUGAGAUUGCAUGAAUGCCGUUUGUCAGAGACCAGCCGUGCUUCUCUGGCCUCAGCUCUGAAGGACAACCCCUCCCAUCUGAGAGAUCUGACCGUGCAUAUCAACAAGCUGGAGGAUUCAGACAUGGGGCUGCUGUGUGAUUUUCUGAAGAGUCCACACAGUAGACUGAAAACUUUGAUACUGAGUGGCUGCAGUUUGUCAGAGAUCAGCUAUGCUUCUCUGGUCUCAGCUCUGAAGGACAACCCCUCCCAUCUGAGAGAUCUGGAUCUGAGUCUAAACAACCUGCAGGAUGCAGACGUGGAGCUGCUGUGUGAUUUUCUCAAGAGUCCAGACAGUAGACUGAAGAUCCUGAUAUUGAGUGGCUGCAGUCUGUCAGAGAUCAGCUGUGCUUCUCUGAUCUCAGCUCUGAGGUACAACCCCUCCCAUCUGAGACAGCUGGAUCUGGCCUACAACAACCUGAAGGAUUCAGGAUUGAAGCUACUGUGUGAUUUUCUGAAGAGUCAACACUGUAGACUGGAGUGGCUGAGAUUGAGUGGCUGCAGUUUGACAGGGAUCAGCUGUGCUUCUCUGGUCUCAGCUCUGAAGGACAACCCCUCCCAUCUGCGAUGGAUGGAUAUGAGUAACAUCAAGCUACAGGAUUCAGGAUUGAAACUGCUGUGUGGUUUUCUGAAGAGUCCACACUGUAGACUGGAGACUCUGUGGUUGAUUGGCUGCAGUUUGUCAAGGAUCAGCUGUGAUCAUCUGGACUCAGCUCUGAAGUCCAACCCCUCCCAUCUGAGAGACCUGGAUCUGAGUAACAACAACCUGAAGGAUUCAGACAUGAACCUGCUUUAUGCUCUUAAGGAGAGUCCACGCUGCAGACUGGAGUAUCUCAGCACAGAGCCAGUGGCAUCGCAGCUGAGCUCAGAUUAUUACCACAGAGCUCGAGAGCCUGUUGUCUGCAGCAAAUGA